UGUUCGCUACUUAUAGUGCCAAUCUGGAAACAAGUCUCACGAAAUUAAGAAACUAUAUUUAAAAGUUGAAUACCUCUUGCUUACUGCGGAAAACCUUAAAUUAAACAAAGCACGAUGAGUCUUGCAAGCCUUUAUUUGGGUGUAUUUGUUCUAACAUUCAUCGUGGUUGACUGCGCCAGCAUCAUGGAAAACACAAAGACAUUGGGGGAAUUUCGCCGUCAACCGUCUCGAAUCGGCCGUAAACUCCUCGGAGUAGCCGGGGAAGAUUAUCCAAUGUUCCCAGUCGUCCCGUCUACAGCGUUCAAAUGCAGCCCAAACAAACCCGGCUACUACGCGGAUGUCGAAGCCCUUUGUCAGGUGUUCCAUGUCUGCCAGAUCGACGGACGUCACGACAGUUUCCUCUGCCCCAACGGAACGCUAUUCAAUCAAAAUUACUUCGUUUGCGAUUGGUGGUACAAUGUCGACUGCUCCGCCGCUCCUUCGCUGUAUAUCCGCAACGAGAUGUUAUUCCAGCAUCCGCAGCAAGUAUUAUCUUCCCGGACGCACGCCAAUUCAAACACAAGACUUGUCAAUCCUGAUCCAUCGACAGAGAAUUACAACGCUCCUUCCCAGCAUAUUAUCUUGCCCGCCAGACCGGAGAACGUCGCCGCCAGUAAUACCCACCACCAGCAUCAACAAACGGUUACCGCAACGGCCGCUAGAGAGCAACAACAACAUCCAACGACGUCGAAUGCCGGAGACAAAUACGGAUCGAAAAUUCCUAGCGUCAACCGAAUGGGCGGACUCGACCCAGCCGAGAUUGAAAAUCUGUUCGAUAAUCACAAAAUCGCUUUCGUCGCUCCUGUAACCGAGUCGGAAAUCUUGGUGGAAACCACCGAAGCGAAUCCGACCAGCACAAUCCAGCCGUUUGACGAGGAAGAAUUCACGUCCAACUUGAAAUUUCAAUUGAAUGUCGAAGAACAGCAGCAGCUCGCCGUUGUUCCAGUCACGACCAACGCCCCGGAAGAAUUCGACGAUAGCAAAAUCAACGACGACAACAAACUAGUCGCUCCACAAACCGACAAGGAUUCCUACAACAACUUAACCACAGAGAAAUCAGCCGAAUCAUCAACGGUGGACGUUGGAGUAGAGUCCGUCCAGAAUGUCCUGACCGCUAACGAGUCGCAGCCAUUGAGCGAGGAGUUGACUACCACCGUCCAACCUAAUCUAGCGAGCGCGGACGCUCAAACUUCAGCUGUUGUUGUCACGUUAAAUUCCGUGUCUGAAAAGGAUUUAGAUGCUGACGAUUACAGGGCGACAACUCUGGCUAGUCCCACCACUGAUCCGGCAGCUCACUUUCUUGAACUUCCUGACGUUUCACCAACAGAAGAGUCGACCGAGUUCAGUUCGUCGACAAACAAAGCCAUCGCAGUCAGCAGCAGCAGCUCCGACCUGGUUGACGAUUCAACCCAAUCAAACUUUGUGACUGGAUUAGAAACGACGACUUUUAUUCCGGACAUUUCCUCUUUGCAGAGCACAGGAUCAGACAAUAACGGGCUGCAGGACGAGCUGACGGAGUUGAUCGCGACGUCGCCCAUUCCGGAUGUAUUCUCCUCGCCGAUCGUUGAGAGUUUAGAUUUCAACGUUAUCGCCGACAGCAAUUCUUUCAGUUCGGGAAUAAUCAUCAGCGACGGCAAUGCAACUGCUAACAUUCAAGUUUCGUCAUUCGCUGAAAGUUCCAGCGCGCCGGGCAAUGGCAGCCAAUUAUUAACGCCCACCGCCUCGUCUGCCGUCAAGUCCACCACAGCAUCCUCCUACACAGAAACAACGCCGUCGGCAUCAACAACGACUCAACCCAUCAUCAAGACUACUGACUCUGUCAUAUCGUUGAUCGCUUAUAAGGACGGAAAACGAACUCUUUACGAUAAACUUAAACCGGCUAUAGUUGGAGACGUUAGGCCUAUCGUCCCGGCCAUGUACGGAAGGAAAAUUCACCCGAGGAACGGAAACAAAAUCCCCAAGUCUUUUUAAACACAUUUUUGUUUUUAUUAACGUGUAUAACCUCAUAUCCAAGUGAACAUAACCCACAUAUAUAGAUAUAUAAAUAUAUAUACAUCGCGCUUGCUG